UUUAUAUCAUUAUUAUGUUCUUUUUAUUUUCAGGCAAAGAAUAAAAAAUGCCUACCAUUAGAUUACAAAGUUCAGAUAGUGAAAUUUUUGAAGUCGAUGUAGAGAUUGCAAAAGCGUCAAUGACCAUCAAAACAAUGUUGGAAGAUUUAGGUGUUGAUGAUGACGAUGAUGAGCCUAUCCCAUUGCCGAAUGUAAAUGCUGCAAUUUUGCGAAAAGUGAUUUAUUGGGCUACACAUCAUAAAGAUGACCCUCCACUUCCUGAAGAUGACGAAAACCGUGAAAAGAGAACUGAUGAUAUUGAUCCUUGGGAUCAAGAAUUUUUAAAGGUAGACCAGGGUACUCUGUUUGAGCUUAUCCUUUCUGCUAAUUACUUGGAUAUAAAGGGUUUGCUUGAUGUCACCUGCAAAACAGUGGCAGGCAUGAUCAAAGGAAAAACACCAGAGGAGAUUCGGAAGACAUUCAAUAUUAAGAAUGAUUUCACUCCAGAAGAAGAAGAGCAAGUCCGUAAGGAGAAUGAAUGGUGUGAGGAAAAGUAGUGUGAAAAAGAAACCAUAUUUUUUAAAUGUAUUGUUUUUAUUGUUAUGGAAACUUGUUAUUAAUAUGUAUUAACAACUUAAGUUAUUUAUGAUGUUUUAUUUAUAUUUGUCAGUUCACUCUUCCAUGUGUCAUGAUAAAAAAAAUGUAUGCUUUAAAA